AUGAUCAAGUACAUGCCGGGCGGGAUGCCUCUUCUAUUGCAGUUGGCAGUUCUGUCGAUUGUAGCCUUCGUCGGGUACGCUUUUCGGCCAAAUUCGUGGUCAAAUCGGGUGGUGUCUUAUGUGAUUAAUAAAAUCUUGCUUUGGUGGUAUCCUAUCUACUCCAUCGAUGGCAGAUCGUCUAUUCCAACCUGUCCAUACCGAUUCCCUGAUGGUGGAGGGAAAAUCAAAUUUCUCGAGGGCGAAACCAUCUCUCGCAAGUGGGCCAAGCAAUACGGCCCCAUUUAUCGGAUAUGGGUCGGUCUGACACCGGAGAUUAUCGUGACUCGCCCAGAAGAUAUCAAGACCGCGUUCAAAGACUCCGGGAACCAUCGCAAAGCUCCUAAUCUCAACGGCGGGUGGGUCAUGGGAGAGUUAGUCGGUGAUGGAGUCGGUCUAAUCAGUCAAGCGGACUGGAAACGCGUUCACGCGGUGGUUUCGCCUCCGUUUGCGCAGCGGCCCAUCACAUACGUCCCGCUGGUCCAGUCACGGAUAGACCGUCAUUUUGCGGAGCUGAGCCAGAGACACAGCCAGGACAGAAGGACCAUGAGACUCAGGCCAGCUGAAGAUCUGAAGCUGCUGCCCUUCUGGGUCAUCAGUGAUCUCCUAUACGGGGAGCUUCCGCAGCCGAUGGUGGAGGAGCUGUUGCGCAUCACCGAGUUGCGCACCGACGUCUUCCAGUAUGCCUUCAAAGGAGGGUUAUCACUCUUUUCAAUCAGCAGGUGGUUCUCACCAGCGCUCCGAAACAAGCUGCACUUCUUCCAUACCCGCUGGGCCGAGUUCAACCGCCAAGCGUACCACCGCGCGAAAGCCAGCGACGCAGCCGCUGCCUGCGCCAUCGUCCCGCUAUCCACAGCCGUAGAAGAGGGCCGGAUCUCCCGCACCGAACUGCUGCACACGCUGGACGAGGCCCUCUUCGCCAACAUCGACGUCACCAUCGGCAGCUUCUCCUGGAUCCCACCGUUCCUCGCCGCGCACGCAGACGUACAGCGCGAGCUCCGGGACGAGAUCAAGCAGGCCCGUUCCCAAGCAACAGCAACGCCAACCCAGGACGCCUGGGUCAAGUACCUCGCCAGCAACACCACCCUCCUCGCCAGCUGCAUCAACGAAUCCGCGCGCCUGAAGCCCGUGACCAACUACACGUACGCGCAGUCCCUCCCCACGGGCCGCGAGGUAGGCGGGUACCUGAUCCCCGUGGGGACAUAUGUGGUGGUUGACACCAACGCGCUGAAUCUCCGGGAUCCGGGCUGGGGGUCUGACAGAGGAGAGUUCCGGCCCCGGCGAUUCCUCGAGAAGCCGCGCGGGGAGUUUCGGUAUCGGCUGUGGCGAUUCGGGUUUGGGCCUCGUCAGUGUAUUGCGCAGGCGUUGGCGGAUACCGUUCUCAAGGUGUUGGUGGCGUAUAUGGUGGAGAAUUACCAGGUGAAGGUGCCUGAGAAACCUACGGGGGGGGAGUCUGAGGAACGAAAGCGAGGAGACGCCUGGUUCAAGGUUGCAGAGCAGCAGAUUCUUCUUGAGCCGCUGUGA